CCUGUUUAAACGCACAGGACUAUACAUCCCAAUCAAGAGGAAACACAUACAGAUGGAGCUCCCGGCGGAACCCCGGUGGAUGAUGCACGGUCACCAUUCAGCCUUAAUGGGAACCCCAGAUUCAGUGACUCAACACGUCGGUUUAGGACAUCAUGGUUCUGGGUAUAUGGAGUCAAGUGCUCCUUUAUUACCACCCGAUGAGGUGGAUGUAUUUCUCAAUCAUUUGGACUCUCAAGGAAACAACUAUUAUCACACACACGGAGCUCACUCUCACACUCGUGGACGAAUGUCCUACAGCCAGACACAUGCUCGGCUUACUGGUGGCUCAAUGUGUCGACCCCACCUUAUCCAUACCCAAGGUCUUCCGAUACUGGAGAACAGCAAAUCGGCCCAACACAGCACAUGGGCCGUCGGUCACCUGGGCAAAGCGGUUUUUCAUUCAACAGGCGUUGAAAACUCAAACAGUCUAUACCCGGGAAGUAGAACGUCUGCUCCAGGUUCGAUGCCAUGCCUGUCAAUGACGCAACGCUGCAGCCCACAAAUGUACUGCCUGCCCCCUACUCCACCCAAAGAUGCUUCCCCUGACCCUGCGUGCGCUGCUGCUAUAAGAGACACUGGAAAGUACCACUUGCAUUUCGUUGACGGAAUGAAGAUGGAGUGCGCAAGCCCAAUACGCGGCAAUCUGGCGCAGACAACUACACAUAUUCCCUCAUACUCCGAUUAUGCUUUACCUGGAGCGCACGAGUACCCCGGUAGUGUGUUUUACUCCAGAAGUCUGCUUGGGUCCUGUGCGAGCAACACGCCAUCUAGAUGCAAAAGCAAAAACCACGCUUUCUCAGGGCGUGAGUGCGUAAACUGUGGAGCUACGUCAACUCCUCUGUGGCGAAGGGAUGGAACAGGUCAUUACCUGUGCAAUGCAUGUGGGCUUUACCACAAGAUGAAUGGACAGAACCGACCACUCAUCAGACCCAAGCGCCGACUGUCAGCCUCCAGGCGAGCAGGCACCUGUUGUGCAAACUGCCAGACAGGCACCACCACACUUUGGAGACGUAAUGCCAACGGAGAACCUGUAUGUAAUGCCUGCGGUCUAUACUACAAACUACACAAUGUGAACCGUCCCCUAACUAUGAAGAAAGAUGGGAUUCAGACCCGCAAUAGGAAAAUGUCUAGCAGACCUAAGAAAAGGAAGGGGGACCAUCAACAAUUUGACAGUUGUGUGCAUAAUAAACCAUUAAGCCACAUGGUCAACAUGCCCCACCCCUUUAAUAUGACCCAGCCAAUACAAUUACAUCCUGCGUUUAGUCACACUAGCUUAGUCACUGCCAUAGGCUAAGAGAAAGAUCCAACAUCAUACUUAAUGAAGAUAUAUUAAAAUUAUAAUAAACCACUGCAUUCUUGUGCUUGGAUUUUCACAUUUAGUCCCCAGUUGCAACACAUCUCCUAUGCAGAAAACGUAAUAAGAAUAAUAAGAGGGAUAGUUGUG